AUGACUUUGGUCCAGAUCAAGAGGCGUUCUACGUUCGAUUCGUACAUGUUGCUCCACAAUCUUCUUCUGAAGCCUGACCAGUUGGCUCUCAGGAAGGUUGUGGAGCAACUUCGGCAAGGGUUGCCUGCAGAGGACUUGGACCGCUUGGUCCAGCGUAGUCCACAACCGAGGCUGCGCAUCAGUACCGUGGACAACUUGCUCUCUGCCGAUUCUCUCAUACUGGUGGACAACUCAAGUAAACCCUGGAUGUCAACCUUCGUGGAUACCUUCUGCGACCGCCUCCCGAUUGUUCGGUCGAUUUCAGUCAGCAAGGUCUAA